UCUGCAUAUUUUCAUUAACAAAAACAUCCUUAAAUAGAAUUUACAUUAGACUAAAUCACUAACCACUGAUUAACCCACUAACAAUUAAUUCCUAAACUUUAGCUCCCAUUUCCUAUAUUAAAUCACGUUCAACAUUACCUAAAUAAUAGGAAAUCCCAAAUAAUAGGUCUCCCAUAAUCACACGUAUAACAGUACCUAAUUAUUAGGUUUAAUUCCCGAUAUUUUGAAUUAAUAUUUCCAACCAUCAUCAACAACAACAACAAAAUUCACUAAAAAGAAGAAACUCGAUACUACAAACGAAACUCAAUACAGAUAAUUCUGAUGAUCAUCAUCACAGAACCGUGAAUAACAUUAACCCGAGUUCUGGAUUUUACGCAAGGCCCGUCAGUUCUGCAAUUACUCAUAAUCAUCAUCGAAAAGCUAUGUUUCUAAGUAAUAGUAAUAUGCAGCUUCGUAUUAAAAACUUUCAUGGUUUUCAUAGUGUAGAAUUCGACGAUCAGCAAAUUAAAGAAGAUGAAACUCUUUUGAAAGUGAUUCCAAAAGUGACCGUAGUACUUGAAGGUCGUUCAAUAUGUCAACGUAUAAGUCUUGAUGAACAUUCAAAUUAUCAUAGUCUAGCUAAAGCUCUGCGUCAAAUGUUUGUCGAUGCAGGUGUAAUAGGAGAUCAUCAUCUUUCAACACUCGUCAUUGACAACAAUAGUACUAGUAAAGAGGAACAACUGCUUUCUCUCUCUAAUGCCAUUCCUGGUCACCUUAUUGCUUAUGAAGAUAUGGAAGAUGACCUUCUCCUUGCUGGAGAUCUUAAUUGGAAGGAUUUUGUUAGACUAGCAAAGAGAAUUCGGAUAAUUCCAGUUAAAGAAAAAUCAAGGAGAGGCAGAUGGGGAGGAGUAGAAUCCUAAUUGUAACAGUACUAAUUAAGACCACUGCUAGCUUUUCAUGUUUAGUUAUACAUAUGAAGACACAAUAAUAUGGAAUUAAGCAAGGAACGUACGUAAACCUACACGAAAAACCUAACAUCAGUGGGUUAGCAAUUUGUAAUGUAAGAGUUUUAUGCAUAUGAACACAAUUUGGAGUGUGGUUACUCAGAUGAAUUUCAAACACAGAUCAGAGACAAUAAAAAUAGUUUAAUACGAAGUUUGUUCAACUUCAUUACCUCGGAUCAGAGACAAUAUAAAUACUAAAUUGCCUCAGAUUGUGUCACAUACAUGGCUUAUUGACUACCUAAGGAAAAGUUUGGUAUCAAUAAUCGUUUAGAUCUGAAUUUGACUUCUCAAACUCAAGGUUUGAAAAAGAAACAAUGGGUUUAAGGAGUGCAGUCUAAGCUGAACCAAGAAGGAUAUUAAGUGACCACUGGUCGAACAGUUAUCGAGGAUGAUGACAUAUGAAAAGACAGAUUCUUGUGGAAAAUCAUUACAAAUUUAAACCUAAAACAUACAUUGUAACUAUGGAAUUCAAGUUUAAGUGUGUUAUGCCAAUCAUCCCCGUAUAAGGAAUAUCCAAAAAUUGUUAAACUCAACUAAAAUAAUGUUGUUCAUAAGGGCAGAUGAAUUACUGACAGUGCCUUUUCAGCUAAUUCAAUCAAUAUAUUUCAAAUUUAAGGUCUUUGAUCAUACUAUGGCCUGUAGAAAUA